AUGGAAGCAAAUGCUCUCGCGGGCUAUCAUGACGCAGUCACUCUACCAGCUCACUGGCGAGCAGACCAUUGGCAAACUGCUUUUUCAUCGGCAAGACAAGUUCCCUCUGGGCUCGAAAUUUCGACAUCUGGGCAGGUUGGUCGGAGUGCAAAGCUUCACGCUGAAGUGUGCAGCAGGCCCGUGGCAGAUGGGCGGAUGGGAUCUUGUGCAAUUCAGCUCCUCGAAUUUCACGAGAGAGAUAUGUCUCUCGCCUUCCAGGAGUUCUUUCGGACCUUGGCCUGCUUGGCUAAGCAAGUGUCGACUGCCGGGAGCUUCUGUUGGAUGUUGCACUUGGGCGCAACAUCUCGUUGUAUCAGGUUUGAUCCCGAAGCGCAUGCGACACAUGCAGCCUAG